AUGUCAGAAGAGAAAAGACAAAAAUUACAAGAAACAGGACUUGUAGAAUGGUCAGUAUUCAGUGAAAUAGUAGCCAUGGAUGAAGAUGAAGAAGGCUUUUCUCAAUCAUUAGUCCAAACUUUUGUAGAUCAAGUUGAAGAAACAUUUGAACAAAUUAAUACUUAUAUAUCUGAAAAAAAUCUUGAAAAAUUAUCAUCAGCUGGUCAUUUCUUAAAAGGUUCUGCUGCUGCUUUAGGUUUAACGACAAUUUCUAAUCAAUGUGAAAGAAUUCAAAAUUAUGGUCAUAAAGUUAAUUUCGAUAAUUUUACUUUAACAAAAUCAACAAUAGAUCCAUCAUCAUCAUCAUCACUAUCAAAUAUAGGAGACACCACCAGAUCAAAUAAUCAUAGUAAUAUUAAUAGUUCAGGUAGUACCCCAUCACCAGAGAAUAACUAUACACCAGUAGAAUCAGGAACACAAGCGAGCCAUAGUCUAACAGAUAUACCCGAUGAAUCAAGUGAUGAUUUUUGGAUUGCAUUAAUUAAAGAUGCUUUGAAUAAAGCAAGAGAUGGAUUUGAAAAAUCAAGAGCUGCAUUAAAUGAAUAUUAUGCAUAA